UGAAAAUAGUUGAUGAUGGUUGGUCGGUGUCGGUCCCCUCCCCAGUACUGUAGUCCACUGGCCACUAGGCUGGUGUUUGGUAGGGAUUGGAUAGUAUUAGAAGAAGUGUGGCUUAAGCUUUGGCUGCAUAACUCCCUCCGUUGCAUUGAGUUGUUAGUGGUCGAUCUGAUCUGAUCUGAAGUUGAGUGAGAAGAGAAAUGAAGGUGAUCGACAAGAUCCGGGGGUGUGUGAGUGUCAGUGCCGAGGAGGGCAGCUGCAACGGCACUACUGCUCCUCAUGGCAAUGUGGUUUUCUCCUUCGAGUUCUUCCCUCCCAAGACUGAGGAUGGUGUGGACAACUUGUUCGAGCGGAUGGAUCGAAUGGUGGUUCAUAACCCUACUUUCUGCGAUAUCACUUGGGGCGCCGGUGGCUCCACCGCCGAUCUCACCCUCGAUAUCGCCAACCGGAUGCAGAACAUGGUCUGCGUCGAGACCAUGAUGCACCUCACCUGCACUAACAUGCCCGUCCACAAGAUCGACCACGCCCUCGACACCAUCAAGUCCAACGGCAUCCAGAACGUCCUUGCUCUCCGCGGCGACCCCCCUCACGGCCAGGACAAGUUCGUCCAGGUCGACGGUGGCUUCUCCUGCGCUUUAGAUCUCGUGAAGCACAUUCGUGACAAAUACGGGGACUACUUCGGAAUUACUGUCGCUGGUUAUCCCGAGGCACACCCUGAUGUUAUCUCUCCUACUGGACUUGCUACUCCAGAGGCCUACCAGAAUGACCUUGCCUACCUCAAGAGAAAGGUUGAUGCCGGAGCAGACCUCAUUAUUACUCAGCUCUUCUAUGACACUGAUAUCUUCCUCAAAUUUGUCAACGAUUGUCGUCAAAUUGGGAUAAAAUGCCCCAUUGUUCCCGGUAUUAUGCCCAUCAACAAUUACAAGGGCUUCUUGCGUAUGACUGGAUUCUGCAAAACCAAGAUUCCACCUGAAAUUAUGGCUGCGCUGGAACCCAUUAAGGACAAUGAAGAAGCUGUGAAAGCUUAUGGAAUUCACCUCGGAACUGAGAUGUGCAAGAAGAUUCUGGCUAGUGGGAUUAAAACAAUACAUCUUUAUACAUUAAACAUGGAGAAAUCUGCAUUGGCAAUACUUAUGAAUCUUGGUGUAAUAGAAGAGACCAAAGUUUCAAGGUCAUUACCUUGGAGACGCCCCACAAAUGUUUUUCGUGUAAAAGAAGAUGUCCGUCCCAUAUUCUGGGCCAAUCGUCCAAAAAGCUACAUAACCAGAACCAUAGGCUGGGAUGAAUAUCCACAUGGCCGAUGGGGUGAUUCUCGCAAUGCAUCAUAUGGAGCACCUUCCAACCAUCAGUUCAUGCGACCACGUACACGUGAUAAGAAGCUUCAUGAAGAAUGGGUGGUUCCUUUGAAUAACAUUGACGACAUUUGCGAGAUAUUUUCCAAAUAUGCUCUUGGAAAGUUGAGAAGCAAUCCGUGGUCUGAAUUGGAUGGUCUUCAGCCAGAAACACAAAUCAUUAAUGAACAGUUGGGAACUGUUAACCUGAGAGGGUUCCUUACCAUCAACAGCCAACCAGCGGUUAAUGGACAAAAAUCGGACUCCCCUAUUGUUGGAUGGGGUGGACCUGGUGGAUAUGUGUAUCAGAAGGCAUAUUUGGAGUUUUUCUGCUCUGGACAGAAGUUGAAUGCUCUAGUUGAGAAAUGCAAAGCCUUCCCCUCUCUUACAUAUCUGGCAGUAAAUAAAGAAGGAACUUUGAUUUCAAAUGUCAGUCAAACUGAUGUUAAUGCUGUAACAUGGGGGGUCUUCCCAGCAAAAGAGAUAAUUCAACCAACAGUUGUAGAUCCUGCUAGCUUCGUGAUAUGGAAAGAUGAGGCUUUUGAAUUCUGGACAAAGGGCUGGGCGCAAUUAUACCCUGAGACUGAUCCAUCUAGGAAAGUACUUGAACAGGUUCGGAACACACACUUCUUGGUCAGUUUGGUUGAUAAUGAUUACAUCAAUGGCGAUUUGUUUGCAAUCUUUAAGGAUAUCUGAAAUGAGUAGCAAUCUUAUAAUGUCCUAUGCGGUGCAGUUUGCUCAUAUAAUGUCUCUUCAAUGCUACAUCAUUUUCUUGUUUGUUUUCUAGUAUUGAAUGAAAACAGUUAUAUGAGAUUACAUUCUCAGGUCUAUAAUGUAUUAUGAAUUUUAGGCCUUCCUACUUGCAUGCCCAACUUAUUUCUUUUA